AUUUCAAAACAAUCCAAUUUGCGUGUAUUGUUUUUGUUUUUUCCCCUAAUUUCAUCAAAUUUUGAUAAUUUAUUUGGAAAAAAAGGUAAAACAAUGUCCGAUCCGCCCGUAAAGCGGUACCGGCGUGAGGAGAAUUCAGAAUCCGAAGAAGAUAUAGACAACUAUGAGCCAUAUGUACCAGUAAAGGAACGUAAGAAACAGAAAUUGUUGAAAUUGGGACGUCUGGGCCAGGUGGCGGCGGAGGCGGCUGCAGAGACCAAGAGUUCUAGUGAUAACGACCCUGAUGAUGAAGGAUCUCAAGAAGAGUGGGGUCGCAGAUACAAUGUAUCACUUCUUGACCAACAUAGUGAACUGAAGAGGCUAGCGGAGGCCAGAGCCCUCUCCGCUGCUGAACGUCAAGCUAAAGAGGAGGAGCAUAUAUUGGAAAGUGUUGCUCAGAGCAAGGCCUUAAUGGGUGUUGCCGAGUUAGCUAAAGGUAUCCAGUACUCGGAGCCCAUCAAGACAUCAUGGCGGCCACCCCGCUGUAUCCUAGACCUGCCGGAGUCAAGACACGAGCGCGUGCGCAUGGAAAUGCGUAUACUCGUGGAGGGGGAAAACGUGCCUCCACCUAUCCGCACCUUCCACCAUAUGAAAUUCCCUAAAGGUAUUCUCCGAGGACUAGAAGCGAAAGGCAUCAAGAAACCGACACCCAUCCAAGUGCAGGGCAUCCCAGCAGUACUUAGUGGAAGGGACAUGAUCGGCAUAGCAUUCACUGGCUCCGGCAAAACCCUGGUCUUCACAUUACCCAUCAUCAUGCUAUGCCUGGAGCAAGAAGUCAAGAUGCCUUUCAUUCGGAAUGAAGGUCCCUAUGGCCUCAUAAUCUGCCCCUCGCGAGAACUGGCGAAACAGACCCACGAUAUCAUCCUGCAUUUUGUCAAGCAUCUGAAGAUGGCUGGCAACCCUGAGAUCAGGAGCUGCUUGGCUAUUGGAGGUGUGGCGGUGUCGGAAUGUAUGGAGGUGGUGCAAAGGGGGGUCCACAUCAUGGUGGCAACUCCCGGACGACUGAUGGACAUGCUGGACAAGAAGAUGGUACGUCUGAACGUGUGCCGCUACCUCUGCAUGGACGAGGCGGAUAGGAUGAUAGACAUGGGCUUCGAAGAGGAUGUGAGGACCAUCUUCUCUUACUUCGCGGGGCAGAGGCAGACGCUGCUGUUCAGCGCCACCAUGCCCAGAAAGAUACAAAACUUCGCCAGGUCAGCUCUGGUGGCGCCAGUGACGGUGAACGUGGGUCGCGCGGGCGCCGCGUCGCUGAACGUGCGCCAGGAGCUGGAGCUGGUGCAGGCGGAGGCGAGGACGGUGCACCUGCUGCAGUGUCUGCAGAAGACUCCGCCCCCGGUGCUGGUGUUUGCGGAGCGCAAGCAGCACGUGGACGCUAUACACGAGUACUUGCUGCUGAAAGGUGUGGAAGCGGUAGCCAUCCACGGUGGUAAGGACCAGGAGGAGAGAUCUCGCGCCGUGGAAGCGUUUCGAAAAGGAGAGAAAGAUGUUCUGGUAGCCACAGACGUCGCCAGCAAAGGUCUCGACUUCGAAAACAUCCAACACGUGAUAAACUACGAUAUGCCUGAAGACAUAGAGAACUACGUGCAUCGUAUUGGACGAACAGGCAGAGCCGGGGGCGAGGGCGUAGCUACCACGCUACUGGGCAGAGCGGCUGACUUGAGCGUACUGAAGGAUCUGGUACAUCUGUUGACAGAGGCUGGGCAAAAGGUGCCAGCCUUCCUUCUGGACAUGAUCGGAGAGCCAGACAUACCGGUGGCGGAUGGCCAGGGUUGCUCCUAUUGCGGUGGUCUUGGACACAGGAUUACAGAAUGUCCAAAACUGGAGGCCGUACAGAACAAGCAAGCGUCGAACAUUGGUCGGAGAGAUUACUUGGCGAAUACUGCAGCCGACUAUUAGAAUUUAUAUUAAGAAACCCAAUUUUAAAUUAUCAAAGUUACUCUUUAAGUUGUACAUAGUGUAAAUAAUAAAUAUUAUUAUGAUAAAAUAAA